GGGGCCGGCUAUUUAAAAGCGCCUGCUCGCCCGGAGCCUGUAGUCUCUUUGGAAACUUCUGCAGGGGAAAAGAGCUAGGAAAGAGCUGCAAAGCAGUGUGGGCUUUUUCCUUUUUUUGCUCCUUUUCAUUACCCCAUUACCCCUCCUCCGUUUUCACCCUUCUCCGGACUUCGCGUAGAACCUGCGAAUUUCGAAGAGGAGGUGGCAAAGUGGGAGAAAAGAGGUGUUAGGGUUUGGGGUUUUUUUGUUUUGGGUUUUUUGGUUUUUUUUUUUUUUAAUUUCUUGAUUUCAACGUUUUCUCCCACCCUCUCGGCUGCAGCCAACGCCUCUUACCUGUUCCGCGCCGCCGCGCACCGCCGGCAGCUGAGGGUUAGAAAGGAGCGGGGUGUGUUUUAGAUUUUAAGCAAAAAUUUUAAAGAUAAAUCCAUUUUUCUCCCCCAACCCCAACGCCAUCUCCACUGCCUCCGAGCUCAUUAUUUCGGUGGUUGCUUGGGGGUGAACAAUUUUGUGGCUAUUUUCCCCCUAUAAUUCUGACUCGCUCAGGCUUGAGGGUUUCUCCGGCCUCCGCUCACUGGGUGCACCUGGCGCUGCCCUGCUUCCCCCAACCUGUUGCAAGGCUUUAAUUCUUGCAGCUGGGACCUGCUCGCGGGCACCCCAGUCCUCCAUCUCUCUCUACCUUUUUGCAAGUGUCUGGGGGAGGGCACCUGCUCUACCUGCUAGAAAUUUUAAAACAAAAACAAAAACAAAAAAAUCUCCGGGCGCCCUCUUGGCCCCUUUAUCCCUGCACUCUCGCUCUCCUGCCCCACCCCGAGGUAAAGGGGGCAACUAAGAGAAGAUGAUGUUGCUCACCGCGGUCCUCCUGCUGCUGGCCGCCUAUGCGGGGCCGGCCCAGAGCCUGGGCUCCUUCGUGCACUGCGAGCCCUGCGACGAGAAAGCCCUCUCCAUGUGCCCCCCCAGCCCCCUGGGCUGCGAGCUGGUCAAGGAGCCGGGCUGCGGCUGCUGCAUGACCUGCGCCCUGGCCGAGGGGCAGUCGUGCGGCGUCUACACCGAGCGCUGCGCCCAGGGGCUGCGCUGCCUCCCCCGGCAGGACGAGGAGAAGCCGCUGCACGCCCUGCUGCACGGCCGCGGGGUUUGCCUCAACGAAAAGAGCUACCGCGAGCAAGUCAAGAUCGAGAGAGACUCCCGUGAGCACGAGGAGCCCACCACCUCUGAGAUGGCCGAGGAGACCUACUCCCCCAAGAUCUUCCGGCCCAAACACACCCGCAUCUCCGAGCUGAAGGCUGAAGCAGUGAAGAAGGACCGCAGAAAGAAGCUGACCCAGUCCAAGUUUGUAGGGGGAGCUGAGAACACUGCCCACCCCCGGGUCAUCUCUGCACCUGAGAUGAGACAGGAGUCUGAGCAGGGCCCCUGCCGCAGACACAUGGAGGCUUCCCUGCAGGAGCUCAAAGCCAGCCCACGCAUGGUGCCCCGUGCCGUGUACCUGCCCAAUUGUGACCGCAAAGGAUUCUACAAGAGAAAGCAGUGCAAACCUUCCCGUGGCCGCAAGCGUGGCAUCUGCUGGUGUGUGGACAAGUACGGAAUGAAACUGCCAGGCAUGGAGUACGUCGACGGGGACUUUCAGUGCCACACCUUCGACAGCAGCAACGUUGAGUGAUGCGUCCCCCCGAAACCCUUCCCUCACCCCCUCCCACCCCCAGCCCCGACUCCAGCCAGCGCCUCCCUCCACCCCAGGACGCCACUCAUUUCAUCUCAUUUAAGGGAAAAAUAUAUAUCUAUCUAUUUGAGGAAACUGAGGACCUCGGAAUCUCUAGCAAGGGCUCAACUUCGAAAAUGGCAACAACAGAGAUGCAAAAAGCUAAAAAGACACCACCCCCCCCUUUAAAAUGGUUUUCUUUUUGAGGCAAGUUGGAUGAACAGAGAAGGGAAGAGAGGAAGAAUGAGAGGAAGAGAAGGGAAGGAAGUGUUUGUGUAGAGGAGAGAGAAAGACGAAUAGAGUUAGGAAAAGGAGGACAAGCAGAUGGGCAGGAAGGAAAGGCACCGAGACCAGGGAGGGGCCCAACUUUCACAUCCAGCCCUGGCCUGGGGUCGGGAGAGGUAGCCGCUAGAAGAUGCAGCCCAGGAUGUGGCAUUCAAUGACACUCUUGGGGUUUCCCAGUAUGGAUUGGUCAGGGGGAGAAAGGAAAAGGCAAAACAUGCCAGGGCCUCUCCCGGAUCUGUCUCCUCCUCUAGCCAGCAGUAUGGACACCUGGACCCCUGAACUUCCUCUCCUCUUACCUGGGCAGACUGUUGUCUCUCCCCAGAUUUAUAAAAACAAAAAUGCAUUCCAUUCCUCUGAAAGCAAAACAACUUCAUAAUUGAGCGAUAUUAGAUAGAGAGGUUUUCGGAAGCAGAUCUAUGAAUAUGAAAUUCGUGUGCAUAUUUCAUUCCCCAGGCAGACUUUUUUAGAAAUCAAUAUAUGCCCCAAAAUUGGAAAGACUUGUUCUUCCAGGGUGACUACAGUACAUGCCGAUGCGUGCGGUUUCAGCCCUCAUUUAAUUCAAUUUACAAGUAGCACAGCAGCCUCUGUGGGGGAGGAUAGGCUGAAAAAAAAAAAGUGGGCUUGUAUUUAUCUACAAGACUCCAUAUAGUCAUAUAUAGGCAUAUAAAUCUAUUUUUUCUUUGUUUUUUUCUUUCUUCUUUUCUUUCAAAAGUUUGCAUUAACUUUUCAAAGUAGUUCCUAUAGGGGCAUUGAGGAGCUUCCUCAUGCUGGGAAAACUGAGAAAACCCAUAUUCUCCUAAUACAACCACCCGUAAUAGCAUUUUUGCCUGCCUCAAGGCAGAGUUUCCCGUGAGCAAUAAACUCAGCUUUUUUGUGGGGCACAGUGCUGGACUUGACAGUGAUUCCCCACGUAUAUUCUUCUGCACCCACCGAGCCAGGCAGAGGCCAGUCCUCCGUGGUGCAAACAGCAUGCGCCUCAGUCCAUCCCGUUUUAGUCUUUAAACCCUCAGGAAAUCACAGUCUCCGGACAUCACACCACAUGAGCCCAACAGGUCCAUGACGGAUCCACCCGUCCCGCCCCAGCCUUUUCCUUUCAUCUGAACAGAACGUGCAUUUUUGGAAGCCUCCCUCACUCUCCACACUGGCAGAGCAGGAGGGAGACUAAAGUAAGAGAUGGCAGAGGGAGAUGGUGGCAAAAAGGUUUAGAUGCAGGAGAACAGUAAGAUUGACGGUUCCGGCCAGAGUAGAUGUGGGGAGGAACAGAGCGCUGAAGGGACUGUUCCAUUCUAGCUUUGGCACAAAGCAGCAGAAAGGGGAAAAAGCCGAUAGAAACUUCUUUAGCUUCCCCACCCUGUAUGUUUUCUGGGAUUCGAGAGGAAAGAGAGGAAAAUGGGGGAAUGGGUUGCAAAAUAGAAAUGAACUUAAUCCAGGCCACAGAGCCAGGGAAGGUGGGUAACUUUAGGAGGAUGCUAGACUUUAGAAGCCAGAUAGGAAGAAUCAGUCGAAACUGGCCAUGCUUUGGAAGGGACAAGACUAUGCGCUCCGCUGCCCACCUUCAGCCUGCAAGGAAGCACGGAGGCCCACGAGUCUUUCCGGCUCUUCCUCCAUUCUGGCCAGUCCCUGCGUCCUCCCUGGGGUGGAGGGUGGAAGGAGGGCCGGAACAAGCAGGGAACGCAUGAUUCAGGGAUGCUGUCACUCGACAGCCAGAUUCCGAACCAAGAAAACUCCCAUUCUCCAAUGACUUCCUCAACCAGUGGGUGGCCUUGUGACUGUUCUUUAAGGCUGAAGAUAUCCAGGAAAGGGGGCUUGGACACUGGCCAAGGAGACCCCUUCGUGCUGCGGACACAGCUCUCUUCACUCUUUGCUCAUGGCAUGACACAGUGGAGACUGCCUCCAACAACGAAUUUGGGGCUACGAAGAGGAAUAGUGAAAAAGCAAAUCUGUUUCAACUGAUGGGAACCCUAUAGCUAUAGAACUUGGGGGCUAUCUCCUAUGCCCCUGGACAGGACAGUUGACUGGGGACAGGAGAAGUGCUCAAUCUUCAUGAGACAAAGGGGCCCGAUAGGGCCAGCAGCCACAAGGACUUGACCUGCCGAGUCAGCACGCCCCAUCUCUCUGCACAGCUGUGCCCUAAACCCAACUCACGUUUCUGUGUGUCUUAGGCCAGUAUCCCAAACCUCUUCCACGUCACUGUUCUUUCCACCCAUUCUUCCUUUGCAUCUUGAGCAGUUAUCCAACUAGGAUCUGCCAAGUGGAUACUGGGGUGCCACUCCCCUAAGAAAAGACUGAGCCAGGAACUACAAUCUCCCCCCACAUUCCUCCCAGCCUGGACCUGAGAGGGGCUCUCUCUUCGCCCACUGUGUCUGGACUUUGGGCGGGCUUCUGCCCCUCACAUUGGCUUUUUGCUGCCAGCCAUCAGGUGGGGGAUUAGAGCCUGGUGUGAGUGUGCCAGACUCUUCCGGUUUCCAAAGUUCGUGCCUGGUAACCCAAACCUGUGAGUCUCUUCUGCAUGCAGGGGAUUCUCAUGGCCAGUUGGUCACUCCCUAGAGAAGCUGGGCCUUCAUGGACACAUGGAACUAAGCCUCCCAAAUGGGAGGUCUGGCUGGGCCCAGGGUGGGAGACCCUGGGAAGGGAAGCACUGGAGGAAGACGGCACCUCUUCCCCCGUGGCAGGGUGCAAGGUAGGCAGGUUUGGAAUGGUGUGGGCGUGGCAAUCUAAGCAGGGCUCUCUUUGACUCUAGGCUGGCCUUUGGCCGACUGCCUGCUCACCCAGAGACCUUGGACUCCAGGCUAUCCAUGGCUCUGGGUCUAAGUGCUGCCCACUCCCACACUCACACCCACAGAAGAGACCCACAGAAGGUCUCUCCCACCCGCUUUAGACUCGUGCCUCACUCCAGCAGUGGUGAAGAUCCUCUGUCUUUCCCACGACUGCCAGGAGAUAGGGAAGCCCAGCCAGCACUGACCCUCCUUCCUCCAGCCUGCCCCGACCCACCUGGCAAAGCAGGGCACGUGGGGAGGAAGAGACUGGAACCUUUCUCUGACAGCCAGGCCUAGACAGACAGGCCUGGGGACACGGGCCCCAUACGGGGAGGAAGGCAGGCUCACGAGGUCCAGGGAGGCCCUUUUCUGAUCAUGCCUCUUCUCUCUCACCCCAUCUCCCCCCCACCACCUCUGUGGCCUCCAUGGUACCCCCACAGGGCUGGCCUCCCCUAGAGGGUGGGCCUCAACCACCCUGCUCCCACCACCCAGCGCUUAGCGAGACAGGGCUGCCACAGCAACCGCCAAGCCCCCCUUAAGGUGGGACAGUACCCCGGACCCAUCCACUCACCCCUGAGAGGGCUCCGGCCCAGGAUGGGAACCUCAGAGAAGAGCUCUAAGGAGAAGAAACCCCAUAGCAUCAGAGAGGACACGUCUGGCUUCCAAGAGAAAGGAGGCUCCGUUUUGCAAAGUGGAGGAGGGACGAGGGACGGGGGUUUCACCAACCAGCAACCUGGGCCUUGUACUGUCUGUGUUUUUAAAACCACUAAAGUGCAAGAAUUAUGUUGCACUGUUUCUCCACUUUUUAUUUUCUCUUAGGCUUUUGUUUCUAUUUUAAAACAUAUUUUCUUGGUUUUCUAAUGGAGUAUAUAGUUUAGUCAUUUCACAGACUCUGGCCUCCUCUCCUGAAAUCCUUUUGGAUGGGGAAAGGGAAGGUGGGGUGGUCCGAGGGGAAGGGGACCCCAGCCUCCCUGUGCCCGCUCACCCCACUCCACCGGUCCCCAGUCACCAGCCGGAGUCUCCUCUCCACUGCCACUGUCACACAGUAGCCCACAUGGAUAGCACAGUUGUCAGACAAGAUUCCUUCAGAUUCCGAGUUGCCUACCGGUUGUUUGUUGUUGUUGUUGUUUUGUUUUGUUUUGUUUUGUUUUGAAGACAGCAAUAACCACAGUACAUAUUACUGUAGUUCUCUGUAGUUUUACAUACAUUCAUACCAUAACUCUGUUCUCUCCUCUUUUUUGGUUUCAACUUUAAAAACAAAAAUAAAUGAUGAUAAUCUUUACUGGUGAAAAGGAUGGAAAAAUAAAUCAACAAAUACAACCAGUUUGUGAGAAAGAAAAAAAAAAGCAGAAAAAAAACCGAAAAAACCAUCUGAAUGCGGAAGAGCUUAAGCUCGGCUCCUGUUUAGCAUUUUGUACUUAAGGAAAUAAAACACCAACAAAGGAUCUCACAUUUUCUUAAAAAGCGAAGAUUGCUGUAUACUAUUUAUUCAACGUAUAAUUUAUGUUACUCCUUGAUCUUUGUCUUUUGUCAUGACAAAGCAUUUAUUUAAUAAAGUUAUGCAUUCAGUUA